AUGGUUUUAGCUGCCCUUAAAAAUAUCUUUUUCUAUCAAUCCGUCACUCCCAAAUCGCCCAAAGCAAAUCGAGAACGAGGAGUACCAAAGAUCGAUUUCGUUACAUCUAGACAACCUCUCUUACCAAAUAGCAACACGAACCAGAACUCCGGGUCGGUCGACGACACCCACGAUGAUGAUGAAAGUACUUUAGAUUUAGAAUCUCAAGAUUCCAGAUCAGAGAAGUCCUCAAAGAAGAAGGGAUGGAGAAUCGAUGCGAGAGUUAUUUCGGAUGCAACCAUUGGUUUAAGUGAUGGGUUGACAGUCCCAUUUGCAUUGACGGCUGGAUUGUCGGCUUUCAACGAUUCGAAAAUCGUUAUAGGGGGAGGAAUGGCCGAGUUGAUUGCAGGGGCCAUUUCUAUGGGCUUGGGUGGAUAUCUUGCUGCUAAGAGUGAACUUGCAUCAUAUCAUGCUACACGAGAAAAGACCCUCGAACGAAUAGAAACCGAUCUUCAAGGCGUCUUAAACGAUCUCAUGGAAGAGUAUGAACCUUACGACUUUCCCAAAGAAGUUAUCACCGGCCAAUCAACUCAUCUUGCUCAAAUGCACCCAGAGCUUCUCACCGACUACAUAAUGCAGUUCCAACAUUGUGAAGAAGAACCUGCUACAUCCCGCGCUUUUACAUCUGCUCUUACGAUCUCGAUGGGAUACUUCCUCGGUGGUUUACUACCUUUACUGCCUUACUUUUUCGUAUCCACGGUUGCCGAGGGAUUAUAUAUCUCUGUCGGGGUUAUGGUGAUAACACUAUUCAUCUUUGGAUAUGUCAAGACGGGCAUGAUAACGGGUUUCCAAGCGAAAUGUAUAGGAGGCAAUUGCUGGGGUGCUGCUGAAAUGGUUCUCAUUGGGGGUGUAGCAGCAGCGGCUGCGAUGGGAUUAGUGACAUUAUUUCAACCUGGAGUGUAG